UGACAUUACAGCAAUAUAAUCAGCAGCAGUUCUCACCCAGAGCAAAUUGAGAUAAGUGCAACAGUGGAAUCAGGCAGGAUUUGUAAACAGAACCACAGCCUGGCCUCUUGAAAGGUUUUGUGCAAAGCUAGGAGCUGAAAGGCGAUAGAGGAGCGUAGUUUUCUUUCUGGCAGCUUUGCAGAGAGGCAAGACGAUGCCCAGGGUCACACAGGUUUGAGUCAGUAGGUGUGUAAGAGGGAUGAGAUGGCUCCGUGGCAGCUUCUCCGUGCCAGAGGAGCCCUGCGGCCGGCUCCGGGCCACAGCCGGCCGGGCAGCGGUGGUGUGAUAGGUGGUUACCGUGUUAAUCAUGGACCGUGCGUCUCCGUGCGUUACCCCACGGCUGCCGGCCCGGCCUGCAGCAGGAGUUUCUCCGGGUCGCCUGGAGCCGGCGAGAAGCUCACCAUGAAGGAGCUGAACAGGCGUCUAGCUUCAUACAUGGACAAGGUCCAGUCCCUGGAGGCGGCCAAUGAGCAGCUGGAGCGGCAGAUCCAGGAGGAGCUGGACAGGAAGAGCGUGGCUGACCUCUGCGAGCUGGACGGACCCCUGCAGACCGUCAGCCUGCUGCAGGCCCAGAUCAGUGAGUGUCAGUCGGCUCAGGGCCAGGUGAAGCUGCAGCUGCUCAGUGCCGAGCUCGACGCUUUCGAUUUCACUGCCAGGUGUGAGGGGGAGCGAGAGCGCCGUGCGAUGCUGGAGGCGGACCUGAAGGAUCUGAGGCUGAUGGAGGAGGAGCUGAAGAUCCGCAGACUGCCCGACCUGCAGGGGCUGCUGGGAGCUCACACACAGGAGCUGCAGCAGGUCCACCUGCAGCACCAGCAGGACAUACAGGGUCUCCUGGCCCAGCUGUCAGGGGGCGUUACCGUGGAGAUGCAGUGCAUUGAGUCACUGAACUUGAACCAGCAGCUGCAGGAGCUCAGACAGAAGAGGACGGUGCUGUUCACCAGGAACCAGAACCAGAACGACUGCUGGUUCAACGCUCAGGUUUCCAUGUUGAGCUCUCCGGAGGCGACCUGCCGCCCUGUGGGGUCAGAGGUCAACCAGGCAGAGCUGAAUGAGAUGAGGAGGACAGCACUGAACCUGCAGACAGAGCUGACGCAGCUGCAGGCACAGAAUGUAUUGCUGGAAGACAAUGAGUUGGAACUGAGAGAGGGCUUCAGUCUACAGCUGGCCAGCCUGCAGCAGAGGGCACACAGUCUGGGCAGGGAGCUGGACUCGGUGCUGGAGGCUGCAGGUCGGCAGGCUGCAGACUACCAGGCCCUGCUGGACAUCAAGACCAGGCUGGAGACGGAGAUACAGGACUACAAGAGGCUGCUUGAUGGACAAGGCACCAGGGCCUUAAAUUCCUGUUCAGACUCCGUGGGUGGUGGCCUGUCUUUUUCUGCUACAACCACCACUGCUGCCUUACAAAGCAAAGAACUGCUAGAUAAAACUGUAAGUGUUGAGAGAAAUCUUGAGAUCAGGACAACUCAAGCUGUCACAAGUAACCACAUCAGCUCUGCAUGCCAAGCCACUGUGGUUAACCCGCUGUCACAGCCGAUAAAAGUUGCUGCGUCCAAUCACGUGAACACUUUUCAAAAAGUCCAUAACAAACAUCCAUCAAGUUCACCACCAAUCAAUACCACAAGUCUGACCCGCUUAUCUCGCACGUCCAGCCAAAGCCAGAGGCAGGGUGUGGUUACAGGAAACGUAAUUAAAGCAGGCAAAGUGGCUCUUCCCAAAAGCACAGAAAGAGAAUCUAUGAAAGUCAGCAGGCAGAGCAGCGCUUUGGAAGAUAAUGUCCACACCACAGAACCUAAACUGAAAACAACUGUGAUUGCUGGCACUGAGAUUAGCAAGGACGUACAUGACAAAGCGGAUAUCCAGGUCUCUAAACCAGAGAUAAAUACUGCAAAAGUGAUCACCAGGUUAGCUCCAGACACACAGCCUCCCAAGAAAGGAAGUGUUCAGGCUCCAAAACCAGAGAUAUAUAUUGUAACUGAGAUCACCAACACUGACCAUGACACAUCAGCUAUCCAGGAAGCUGUUUGCCAGGCCACUAAACAAAAGAUAAAUGUAACAGGGAUGACCAGUGCAGUUGUUCACACACAAAUUGCCAAGGCAGCUAGUGUGCAGGCUCCUAAAACAGGGUUAAAUACAGUGACAGAGGUUACUAAAACAGUUCCUGGGACACAAACUACCAAAGAAGAGGCUAUUAAAGCAGAAAUAAAUUCUGUAACGGAGGUGACCGAUAUACAUCCUGGCACACAAACAUCUGCAGACAUAGAGAAGGACGGUGCAAGAGUUACAGAUGCUGUAAUCUCAACACAGAUUGCUGCAAGUAAGGACAAAGAUCCUGAAUUUGUUAAUAAAGAGAUUUUGUCUUUGAGUACAGAGGGUCCAAUCGUCAUUGAGAGAAGUCAGGUUAGUACAGUUGGUAGGAUAGACGUUUUUGUUGAGGCCACAGAGGUGGAUAAUAAGGCAAAAAUCAACACCACACCUGCUGUGGCCAGUGCUGUAAAUACUGAGGAGAGUGUGAAGGAGAAAGCAGCCAAUACUUCCAAUAACAAAAACAAUGCAGAAGCUAUCAAGCUUGCAGUGUCUGAUUGCCCCAGAACUGAAGUAAGCAUGUCCACAUCUCAUGGUCGUAAAUCCGAACAGAGCCGGGGUGAAAUCUCCAGUGAGGUGGCCCAGGUGGAUCAAAGGGAGGGUGAGAAGGUCAAGAAAGAAGAAGAGCAAAAACAAGGAAAGAUGGGGAAAGACAAAACAGAAGUGAGAGAUGAAGAGGUAGAGAAAGAAGGGAAGACAGGAGAAGCAGGUAAACCGGAAAUAAACACUGCAAAAGUCAUCACCAGGUUAGCUCCUGAUGUGCAGUCUCCCAAGAAAGGAAGUAUUCAGGCUCCAAAACCAGAGAUAUAUAUUGUAACUGAGAUCACCAACACAGACCAUGACACAUCAGCUAUCCAGGAAGCUGUUUGCCAGGCCACUAAAGAAAAGAUAAAUGUAACAGGGAUGACCAGCGCUGUUGUUCACACACAAAUUACCAAGGAAGCUGGUGUGCAAGCUCCUAAAUCAGAGUUAAAUACAGUGACAGAGAUUACUAAAACAGUUCCUGGGACACAAACUACCAAAGAGGAGGCUUCUAAAGCAGAAAUAAAUUCUGUAAAAAAGGUGACCAGCAUAGAUGGGGGCAACGUUCAGGUUGCAAGUAAGGACAAAUAUCCUGAAUUUGUUAAUGAAGAGAUUGUGUCUUUGAGUACAAAGGGUCCAGUUGUCACUGGGAGAAGUCAGGUUAGUACAGUUGGUAGGACAGAUGUUGUUGAGGCCACACAGGUAGACAAUAAUGCAAAACUCAGCAGCACACCUGCUGCGGCCAGUGCAGUAAAUACUGAGGAGAAUGUGAAGGAGAAAGCAGUCUGCCAUUCCCCCAAUACUGAAGAGAACACAGUGACAAUUUGCAUAUCUCCAACCGAAACUAAUAAGAGCGUAGAGGGUUCAGACGUGUCUCAUGUCUCUAGAACUGAAAAAAGCCUGUUGACAGCCAAUAGUUCCAACACUGAAAACACUGCAGAAGCUAUCAAGCCUACAGGUACAGUGUCCUAUAUCCCCAAAGCUGAGGUAAACAUGUCUACAUCACUUGUUCGUAAAUCCGAACAGAGCCAGAGUGAAAUUUCCAGUGAGGUGACCCUGGUGGAUCAAAGGGAGGGUGAGAAGGUUAAGAAAGAAGAAGAACCAUGA